AUCUGAACAAAAAAAUCGUUUUAUUUUGUUCCUCUUGCUCUCAAACGGUAUCGCGCGUCAAAGAAAGGAAAACAAUAGCGACGAGUGAGCGCAAGCAAUUGCAAAAUAAGCUUCUUCUUACUCGCACCCACUCCUAGGGCUCGACUCGCGCCUGCUCACUAUUGGCUAUUCAUCCCGUCCAGGGCUCGAAGGUGACGACGACGACAACGGGGGAGAGCUUUAUUGUAUUACUCCACUUACACACUCUUGAAAAAUUGUUACUGCACACAUAUUUCACUCUUCACAGUCGCAUAAAUCGAAUCAUCAUUGAGAUCACACAGAAAACCCACUCAUGGCGCAAGUGAGUGAGCAGGAUGGAUGGAUGGAUGGAGAGCUCAAGCAGCUGCAGACGCGCGUUCAAGACAAUCACAGCUUGCUGUGAUGCAGCGGCAGCAGAGCACUAGCAAAGGCAAGCAACUAAGCACUUCUAGGAUUGAUCAGGAGGGAGGAUGAUGCGGGGGAGGACUCCGGAGAGCCUACUCCGAACGCGAACAGAGAAAAGAGCGAACACAAAACACAAUAACAAUUUUUGGUUGGAUAGUUGUCAUUGAAAAGACACGCCUCUCGAGUGUCCUGAUAAGGGCACUCGAAAACCAAUCGGAUGGUUAAUAAGAGUGGUGCGAGAGUAGGCCGAGAGAGCUCUCGAUGGUGCGGAGAGAGAGAUUGUGUGUGCUGCUGUGUUGGUUAACGGUACGAGCGAACGCUAGCGCAGAUAGAAUUUUGAUAAAUGAGAGAGAUGGCGCAUUGAUGAAAAGAAAGGCAAAGCGAGAUGACUGAUGUUGCAUGGGGCGGAGCAUACACUCGGUUGUGUGCGUGAGUUUGAUCGCAAUGGAUUCUCUUGGUGUCUUACCGCAAUGGUAUGAAUGAAACAGAGAGAAAUCGGAAAAGGUACAAUGCUGGAGUUUGGAUCAUCUAUUACAAAUGUGCUGGUUUGAAGCUGUAAAUCACGCGGUAGAGAUGGCUUCUCGUAAGUUGGUUUCUUUUUGCGUGACAGACAACUGCACGGGUGAGAGCAGGAUCGAUACAGCAGUGAAACAGGAACGAACAUCAGUAAGCUUGUGUUUUCUUCACUUCCCUUUAAGAGCAUGGUAUAGAGUUUGUAGAGGGCUAUCAGAUGCAAUGGAAAAAAGCAUACUCGUCAGUAUAUUGUAGACCUCUUAAUACAUUUGACGGAUCCGUGUCGAGUGGAGUAUUUUCGCGCUCUCUCACAGUGUGUAGCGGAGUGUGUUGUUACCAACCCUGGCUUGCUGAGCUUCUACAGCUCUGUGGAGUGUGUUCUGAGUUGUUCUCGGCGGGUCUUGAGUUGUCGUGAAACGCCGUGAAUCGAGUUCGAGUCUCGUGUUUAGUGUCGCGCGCGCGUGUCGUUGUGCAGUGCCUCCUAAAGAAGAGUGGCCCAUUAUCAUCCAUCAAUCGGUUAUUUAUUGUUAUUAUUGCCACUAGAUUGCAAUUGCCCAAGAGUCAAAGAGCAAUCCGGUCGUCACACGCGCGGGGGACUUUCUGGAGUGGAAGACUUAAGCUCAAGUGCUGAAUUAUCGUAACUCUUCGUAGUGAAUGUGUUUGUGGUGCGGUGCUCCCCGGUGUAUUUGUCCAUUUAUUAUCACGGAAGGAUCCUUGAUUGAUACUUUAGCGGCAAGAGCAACAGUACUCGUGGCCAGUGUUUGCUUGUUUUAUGUUUCCUGAAAUAUGGUCUCAGCAGCGUCUGAGUAGUUGCCCCAGUUUUAAGGAUUACCAAGUCAAGGUCGAUCCUUCAGUUUCAAGUGCUCGUGAUUCCUGAACUUCCCAAACUUGAACCCGAUGACUUCCAAAAACGAUUAAGGACCAUUUGAGACAUGAACCGACAGUGAAUGUGUGAUGCUUAGUUCAGUCUGAAAGGUUUCCGGUACAUUUUUGAUGGUGAAAGCGUUUCCGUAGAGUAGCUGAACGUAUCUCUAGUGUGUGUGUUAGUGUGCUCCAGUGUUGUACAUGUCCACCACACUUUCCAGUGUAUCUGGAGUGUAUCCAGAAGAUUCUGAGCAAGAGCAUGGACUGUUACCCGAUUUGAAUGGUGUGGAUCUGGUUAUGAGCUUAUCGCCGAAAGGAAACCAUCAUCAUCACCAUUUGACCAGUCUACAGCACCUGCAGAACCUUCAGCACAAUUCUCUACACAGCCAUUCGACGCCCUUUAGCGUCAGCGACAUCCUGAGUCCCAUCGAAGAGUACCGCAAGCUGGAACUCAGCGCCAACCCACCGUCUCCUUAUAGCGGCGGGAGCAGCGUUAACUCGCCCAGCGGUCUCGGUUCCAACACAGUGUCGUCGGUGUCGGCAGCCGCCGCCGCAAGCAGUAUGGCCAAUCCGUACCACGCCAUGGCACCGCUGUAUCACAGCCCGGGUGUGCAAAGCUACUGUGGUCCGACCGACAACCUGUCGCUGGCGGGCCACUACACCGAUAUGCGUAACUCGGCCGCCGGCUGGUACGGGUCCACGGCUAGCGAUCCCAGAUUUGCGAUAUCCCGGUUGAUGGGUGGUUCGGCGGGUGGCACCAUGGGGCAUGCUAUGUCCAACAUGGGCAGCCUGGCGGCGUGUAGUAUGACGGACACGAAACCAAUGCAGUUCCCGCUGGCCCAGCGACGGAAACGGCGGGUGCUCUUCACGCAACAUCAGGUGUUCGAGCUGGAGCGACGAUUUAAGCAACAAAAGUACCUGUCAGCGCCCGAACGGGAACACCUAGCCAGUAUAAUAAGCCUCACACCCACCCAGGUUAAGAUAUGGUUUCAGAAUCAUCGAUACAAAUGCAAACGGCAAGCGAAGGAGAAAGCCAUGGCAGAGCAGAACCAGCAUAAUCAGUCAGCCAGCUCACCACGACGUGUGGCCGUACCAGUACUAGUUAAAGAUGGCAAGCCGUGUUCCGGCGGCUCUAAUUCCAGCGCUUCUGCUCAACAGCAGCAACAACAGCAACAGCAGCAGGGUGGUGGCCAACAGCAGCAACAAAUCAGCGGCAGCAAUAAUUCCCUAACGUCCAGCGGUGGUGGCGGGAGUGGCGGUGGAGGUGGAGGAGGCGGCGGCUCUUCAGUGGUUCUAACCAGUGAUUCCAACCAAACCCACUCACCGGACACGCCCACCACGACGCUCCUGUCGUCGUACCAGGGCAGCCACAACGUGACCGGCCAGAUGCUGCAGCAGCCGUGCAAUAACAGUCUCAUGUCCAACAGCCUGGCCAUGGCGUACCGGAACCAGAACAACUUCAUGGCCAACAGUCAUCAGCAGCAGUGCGGCAGCUACCUGCCGCUGCAAACCCGAGCCUGGUAAUAUUAGGUGAUAUGUUAGGUUUUUACUCUGCUUGUUUUAGGCGGUCGUUGGCCGAGAAGUAGUUUUGGUUUUGUCGGGGUUUUGAACAAGUCAGCCAUAAAACCAAAACUGCUUCCCAAGCGUCCGUACAAAGGGUGUUCGAUCGUUCUUUUGUUCUCCUUGAAAACCUGCGAGGAGCUAAGGACAGCCCGUGUCCACUGUUAGCCCUCGAGAUAGCUCGUUUUACUUAAUUUUAUAUUAAAUUAAUAUAUAUUUUAGCUAAGCUGUAGAUUUGGUUUUCCCGCGGGAGGGAGAAGCGAAAUACUUACUAAAAAGUAGUAGAAGAAAAAGUAAUCAAACUGUAAAUAUACACUUACACAUAAUUAGCCAAUAAGACAAAGUUUUCGAGUGCAUCUGCGUUGGGCGCUAUAUUGUGACGACGACCAUGGGUCACCAGUCAGUGUCACCGUUGUAGCAAAUAGGACACUACGAAGAUGAUCCACUAAUGGAAGGGAAACCAAUGGAUUUGAACUUUGAGUACAAUUGUUACAGAUUAUUAAUCGUGUAAAAAAGAGAGAAGAACACUUGUGACAAACACCAACCGGCCGCGUACAUCGACAAAAUUGCAAUAAAAUUGUAUCUUGUUUUUUUGUUUAGUUCCGAGUUUCCGUUGAAAAAUUAUGUCCUAACAUCAGUGUUGGAUUCACUUUUUGAACAUACGUAGAGUAUAACACUGAAACCAAUAAUCUGAAAAUUUUUAAAUUCAAUCAUGUUUAAUUAAUUCUACUCACAUUCACAAAAAAAACGACAUCGAUGAAAAUGAGUACAUACACCAAUCAAGAAAUCAGCACAGCAGCGCACCGACAAAAAUUAUCUCAAUUUAAUUAAAGUGUAAAUAGCUUUGAACCCAACCGUCAGUGCAGCUCCGCAACAGCGAAAGAGUGGCAUCGAACCCAAAACCAGGAAUCCGCGAAAGACAAAAUGUAUAAUGCAAUUAAAUCCAAUGGCCGCAAAAUUCAAAAUUAUUUCGACCCCAUCAACCAGAAAUCGAAUUGGUUAGCGCAAUCGAAAAUAACGAGAUGACUCGGGACGGGACAAAAGUCCGGGCUCAGAUCACUGCAGCACAUUUGUACAUAUAGGUACCAAUUCACAAAAAAAAAACGAUUUUCUUUUUGCGCAGCAAGUGAAUCGGCGAAAAAAGCAAAUGAAAAUAUUUUAAAUAUCGAAUAUUUAUCUCAUCAUCACCCCACCCACCCCGCAUUCCUUCUCAUUCAGCUGUGAAUAUGCAUACCAACACACCCACACACACACACACACGCUCACACCUGACCAGUUUGGAUCAGAACGAACGGAUUAUGUCACUCAACAACAAACUGCUGCAUAUGCAAAUAAGCGAAACGCAAGUGUAAUAAUCAUGAUAUUAAAAAAAGAAACAAAGGAAUAGCAGAAAAAUAAGGCUUUUUUGUCCGAGCAAAGUAUCAGAAAAUUUUAACACAAACGAACAACAAAGGUAUGCUAAAUAAAACAAAGUAUGAAGGUUAUUUAAUUUAAUUAUUAUUCUAUAAGAAGUAAUAAAAGUAGUGAAAAUACAUGACAGGUAUCAUUGGUAGCAGCAACACAUUGCAGCAAAUCAUCCAGUUGAGCAGAAACCACUCGACUAACUAAUGGAAAUCGCCUCAAUGCGCAGAAAGCGUUUGCGGUGACCAAGUUUGUAUUAAAUUUGAAAAAAAAAGAUAUAGAAUGUGGUAACUAAAACAAAAUGGCGAAAAGAAAUGAAAUAAAUAUCAAUAUGAAAAU